AUCAUGGCAUCUUCGCUAUCCUCACGUGUUGGAUGGACCACAGCACGAAGUCUGGACCAUUCAAAGCCGCAAUGCUCUCACGCCAAGGCUGCCUUAGUACGGGAGCCAAGCGGACGUCGUUCGCUGCCAAGCGUUUCCGCCGCCUUGGAGCGCUCCACGCCCUGCCGCCGGAAUCAGCCAAUAGGACUACGCUAUUUAACCACGUUUUGGAUCGUUGGUGUCUUACGCUUCACCACUGUCGUAUCCUUUCUGCCUUUCCUGCGCCAAGACAUGCUCUCCGUCGCUUCUGCACGGAAUACCCGAAGAUGGGCUGCCUCUCUGCAGACGUCAAAUCGAUUCGGACACCCACAAGUGCUCCACGCGGUGUCAUUGCGUCAGUAUGAGUGGUCGUCUGUUUGAAAUCACGUGUGGAGGCCCCCCCCCCCCGCUCAGCUACUAUCGUAAUGGUGAGUCUCAUUUGCCCCGUGCCCUGCAGCCUCCACACUGUUGUACGUUUCCUCAUCAUGUCAUUCUUCGCUUGUUUCCGAAGCCCUCUGCAAACUUUUUCAAUCAGCAGAGGUGCUCCCAAAUCUCUCGUCGCGAGGCUCCUGCGGCAACUUGUUACGACAGCGGCUUACGACUCCGAGCCGGACUAUCACCGGCGAGUAUACUGUUUAGGAUGACCGCCGAGAAUGCCCUUAAGUGGUCCAUCGGGAGGAUUCUACGCCCCACAGGAUCGAUGCCCCCCGGGGAAACGUGGAUCCUGCACGUGUAUGCACGACGGCCAUCUGCUGGAACCAAGGCGUGCGAACACGUUCCGCUCAGGGCUAACAGCAGAGACACCAAGCCCUACGGCAUGUCACUCUCCUCCUUGCGCAGGGCAACCAAGCGAGAUCCUCAGCGGUACCAGAAUCGCCAAGAGCGUGGAGAGUACCCGUGUUUUCCGCCAUACCAGCUACCAGGACGCGCUCCUGGUCGACCAGGACUCUAGGCAUGACAGACUUCCGCUUCAAGAAUCGCAGGGUCUUUCAAUGCGGGCGUCAAUUAGUCGGCUCCACCAAUAGAGCGCGUUGUGUGCGUCUGGCAGUGUUUCCUAAAUU